AUGGAUUCCGAUACUUAUGAACUACGUGAAGCUACAUGGGAAGAAUUUCAUCAAAAUACGAUCGAUAACUUUGUAGAGUGGGGACAUCCUCUUAAUAUCGAUGCCUACUGGCAAAGAGAAGUUGAUUCCAAAGAUGUAGUUUCCAAUCAUAGACCAUGGUGUUUUUUAUAUAACGGUGUUACUGUAGCAUCUUGUGAAACUUAUGGUGAAAACUCUGCCUAUUGCUACGUUGAGAAUGAUGAAUACAAGUUGUUGAGAGGUAGAUCUGAAUCGGUGGCUAGUGUUUUCGUUGCCAUCAAGUACAGAAACAAAGGAUAUGCGACAAAGAUGAUGAGAAUGCUGAGAGAGCGUUGUCACAAGGAAGGUGCUAUCUUUGUCGAUCUCUACAGUGAUAUCGACCCGAUUGUCUAUGAGAAGUGUGGAUGGCACAAACAGCCGGAUACCUCUAUCAUCAUUGACACCACCGACAACUCCUAUAGCACAUCGCUGACAGAGAGCGAGCGUUCCUCCGUCCAAAUGUUGGAGGUUAAGCCCUCGGUGUACGGUGCUUUCGUAGAUCAGUCGGUGAUUCUAUGGUCACAGGAUCUGAGAGAUCUCGAACUGAAUAUUCUCUGUUUGGCCGCCGAGACCAAGGAGAAGUUCAAGUUGUUGGUCGACUUGGCCUACGAAGAAGCUCAGAGAUUCAACCUCAAGAAGGUCAAGAUCUGGUGGAGUGAAUCCAGUGUUUUGACCAAAGAGUACGUCGAGUACAUCAACCAACCACUUCAAUCGAGAAAUGGUUCCGUUCCAAUGGUUGUAUCAUUCAUCAAUCCAGACCACACCACCGGUGGAGUUACCACCUCAGACACAACCAAUCAAUCUCAAAUGGUAAACAUUGAGAAAUUCACAUGGGUUUGA